GUUGACAGGAAGACCGCAGCGGAGUUCCUUUUCAACUUCGCCCCUGACACUUUUGUUUGCAGUGGUAAUGUUUGAGCAGUUACUGAAGUGACAAUGCCUGUUCAGAGUGUGCCAGUCCGGGAAGCGUCCGUACAUUUCCGUUUACUACAGCAGUAUCUGAUACUCCUGAAGAAAUAUCCCAUUCUCACUAAGUCUGUGACGAGUGGCAUCCUCUCAGCUUUAGGAAAUCUUCUGUCUCAGAUUUUGGAAGCAAGAAAAAAGGCCAAAAAUGGAGUUCCAGUCAAUGAGAUUGACACAGCUGGAGCUGCACGCUAUGCCGUUUAUGGGUUGUUUAUUACAGGACCAGUGAGCCAUUACUUCUACCAGCUGAUGGAGGUGUGGAUGCCCACCACAGACCCGUACUGUAUAGUCAAACGGCUGCUACUGGAUCGACUUAUUUUUGCCCCUGGCUUCCUGCUCCUUUUCUACUUUGUCAUGAAUAUCUUGGAGGCCAAAGGGUGGGAAGACUUUGAAAAGAAGAUGAAGAGAAGUUACUGGACUGCUUUGAAGAUGAAUUGGAAAGUUUGGACUCCCUUCCAAUUCGUCAAUGUCAACUUUGUGCCUGUUCAGUUCAGGGUGCUGUUUGCCAACGUGAUCGCCUUGUUUUGGUAUGCCUACCUUGCGUCAGUGAGGAAAUGAUGUUCCAACAAAUCUGGAGGAAUUACCUUCUUCACAGCAGCUUUGUUGCACACCUGUGAAUGCCAGAGUGUUUAAUGCACAACUGAAAACCUGUUCCUAAUUUGGAAAAUAAUUUUCACACACAGUAGCUCUUCUGAUUAACAAACCUCUACGAUGAGUUUAAGCCAUUAUAUCAUGCUGCUAUGAUAUGUUUCAAACAUGACUGUGUUUAUAAUACCAGAACAUAAUAAAUGUUUAUAAUAAAUGUAUUCUUUUAUAGAGCACUGCCAAAAUCUUCUAAGAUGUUAUAGUAAUUCUUUUUAAAUAUUGAAAUAAUGUCUGUUUUGAAUAUGCAAUUCUUAAGUAAGCCUUCUUUUGGUUGCUUCCUGUGGUUGUGGUACAGGGUAGAGCUCCACCACUGAGCUUAAGAAAGGUACAGGAGACAGUUAAUUGACAUUAGUGGCUUUAUUUCAGUUUUUACAGUGCCCAGCUAACAUAGUUAUGUCAUGCUGUCAGUUAAAAAUGUUAAGAGUCACACUUGUAUUGCCAGAAUACAAAGUAACACAGUGAACCAAAACAUGUUUUUAACACAUAACUGAAUCACACCACAUAAAGCCUAAGUAAAGUAGGCUGUUCAUUUUUCGAAAUAAUAAAAUAAAUAUAAAAAUAAA